AUGUCUCCUCCACCUCCCCCACCUCCCCCACCUCCCCCACUGCUCUUUGAAGAUCCCUGGAAGACAUGGACAAUAAGGCUGGAUGGAGAUGACAGUCAUCUCAUUGGAAAGGUGAAUCCAGUAGACAAGAGACGGCCUUGUUUGGAGCUUGUCGAGGAGCAGGUUGUGUCUUUGAUGGGAUGGAACGUCAAAACGACACCGGCAUUGUCUUACCUGGGCCGUAUGAGUGAUCAUGAUCCCGGUCGAAGGAAUUCGGAUCUCGCGUAUGAGCCAGGCAGGUCUUUCGGUUUGUGA